CCGGGAGCCCUGGGCGCUUCCGCCCGUCUGGCUCAGCGCCGCGGCGUGCGAAGGCGGGUGGGGAGCACGGGACUGCGCCUCUCUGCGGUGGAUGGUCCUGCGGGCUCCCCGUGUCGGGCUGGGCCUGGGGGGGUUGUCUGUAGCUCCCCUCGGGACCAGGGCCGUGUUGAGCUGGGUUCUGGACAAAGGCAGGAUUCUCCUCCCGAAGCGCUUUCAGUCUAAAGAUUUGUUUGUCUGCACAAACAUGUCUCAAGAAAGUGAGCAUGGGAAAUGGACGGUAUCUAGCAGUGAUGAAAGUACAGAAGAAAAUGAUGAUAAUGCUGAAGAGCCAUCUACAUCUUCAUUGUCUCACAGUGGACAUGGCAAAACUAGUGGAUCACAGUAUCCAUGUUCAGAGGCUAGAAAAGUUGGUCACAAGAGAAAAGCCUCCCCUGUGAAAUUUAACGAUGCAAGUUUUCCAACAGGGAUUUCACCAGCAGAAAUCCAGAGAACUUCCCAAGAAGGUUUAGGCUGGUGCCUUUCAAGUAGUGAUGAGGAGCCUGAAUCUGAAGGUCAGCCACAGCAUGCACAAAAGGAAGCAGUCAAAGAGGAGAAAUACAGUGCUUCUAAAAAGCAGCCUUCACAUAGAUUUGAAGAUAAUGAGCUCCCAAUGAGCCAAAAGCCAGAAAAACAUUAUAAGGUAGCAAGUGAAGGCCAGGACACUUGGGAUUUGUUGAAUGGAGGGAACCCUUUCAGAUUCUUUGUCACUAAAGUCAAAGGUAUUAAGUCUAAGUACAACUCUGGAGCACUUCACAUAAAAGAUAUUUUGUCUCCUCUCUUUGGGACUCUUGUAUCUUCUGCUCAGUUUAACUAUUGUAUAGAUGUGGAAUGGCUCAUAAGACAGUAUCCACAGGAAUUCAGGAAAAAACCAUUAUUAAUAGUACACGGUGAAAAGCGAGAGUCCAAGGCUGAGCUGCAUGCACAGGCACACCCAUAUGAAAAUGUUCGUCUUUGCCAGGCUAAGCUGGAUAUUGCCUUUGGAACUCACCACACGAAAAUGAUGUUGUUGUUAUAUGAAGAAGGUCUUCGAGUUGUGAUACACACAUCCAAUCUUAUUGAUGAUGAUUGGGACCAGAAAACUCAGGGAAUAUGGCUAAGCCCCCUAUAUCCACGGCUACCGCCUGGAACCACUGGUUCUGCUGGUGAAUCUGUAACCAAUUUUAAGUCUGACCUAAUACACUAUUUGAUGAGUUAUAAUUCCCCUACUCUCAAGGAAUGGGCUGACAUCAUCCAAGGGCAUGAUCUUUCAGAGACAAGAGUAUAUCUGCUUGGAUCAACCCCAGGACGAUACCAAGGCAACCAAAAAGAAAAAUGGGGUCACCUUAGACUUAGAAAGCUUUUGAAAGAGUAUACAUCAGCAAUACCAGCACAAGAAUCUUGGCCAGUGAUAGGACAGUUUUCAAGUAUUGGAUCAAUGGGAGCUGACCAGUCCAAGUGGUUGUGCUCAGAAUUUCGAGAGAGUCUGGUUAUGCUAGGCAGUAGUGUGAAGACUCUAGCAAAGCCUGACGUUCCUAUUCAUUUGAUUUACCCUACUGUGGACAAUGUGAGGCAAAGUUUGGAAGGAUAUCCUGCUGGUGGCUCUCUUCCAUACAGUAUACAAACUGCACAGAAACAACUUUGGCUACACACUUAUUUCCACAAAUGGUCAGCAGAAACCUCAGGCCGCAGCCAUGCUAUGCCUCACAUUAAGACUUACAUGAGGCCAUCUCCUGACUUUCAGAAGAUUGCGUGGUUUUUAGUUACAAGUGCCAAUCUUUCCAAAGCUGCCUGGGGAGCUCUAGAGAAAAACGGCACGCAACUGAUGAUUCGUUCAUACGAACUUGGAGUCCUUUUCCUGCCUUCAGCAUUUGGAUUGGAUACAGGUUACUUCCAUGUGAAGAAGAAAAUGUUUUCAGGAAGUAAUGAGCCAGUGACAUCUUUUCCUGUGCCUUAUGAUCUGCCCCCAGAGCAGUAUGGAAGCAAAGAUCGCCCAUGGAUUUGGAAUAUUCCUUAUACCAAAGCACCUGAUACACAUGGAAACAUGUGGGUUCCAUCAUAAAAGCAUCAAACCCACUGUGAGAUUUCAGCAUCUGACGCUGAGCCUCCUACCAUAGCUGUGAGACUAAUUAUUUCUGAUUUUCAGAUGUGGAGUUGUGCACUGGAUAACUAGCUUCUUAUUAUGUCACAUGUCAGUAAUACUGAGGAAUUAUUUUUGGAGGAGAGGAAGGGAGAAUCCUUGGAGAAUAUGUAGCCAUAUUGAUCUUUAUAGAUGUCCUAAAAAUAUAACACUGUAAUUUUAAACUACCAUUUUAUAUAUUCUCUUAUUGUAGUGGCCGUUGCAUUUUGGAAGGUGUUAAAAUGACAGUGUAAGCUUAUGUUCAGAGGUUCCCACUGUUUUUAGCCAGAAUAUAUUCAAAUCUGUUAGUAUUCUUUUGGACUGCUUUCGGGACCCUCUUGACUACAGUAAGAGAUUUGUAUGUACAUUUCGAAGUUAGAAAGUGAAUAAAAGGCAAUUUUGUUAAUUUUUCAUCAACAUGAAACCAACGUCUUUGGUAAUUACUGUCCUCUCCUGUGAGAGCUUAACAGAGUUGAAUUCAUUUCCUCCCCAUUUUUCCUUCUCCAAAGCCCAAAUCCUGUCCAAAACACUCAGUGCAAGUAGCUGGACUUGAGUGCCAGGGAGCUACAUGAGGCAAUGAGGUCACAUGCAUCAGAGCAGCUCUGCAAUUGCUACUCCAGUCGAAAAGCCCAACAGUACAGUGCAAUUCUUCCUGUACAACCCCCGCCAUAUCCCAACCAAAUCAGGCGGGAUAACUACUCCAGUUCUAUCAUUUAGUCUUUGUGAUCCCGUUUGGAGGAGGAUGUUGCAGAGUGCACAAGGGAAUAACACUGCUUUAAGCAGUAGUAAUUUAAUGUUCCCUUUUCUGCAGAACCAAAAGAAGAGCUGCUAUGUAAGCCCUCCCCCAGCAUUCAAGUCCCUUCGUAAUAUUCACUUCUGCUGUGACACCUCCAUAAAAUUAACCAAGUUAAGGCAUCCAUUUAGUGAAAACAAACAAAAAAUCUCUUUGCUAAGGCAAGCCAAGUACCAGUCCUCUGAGUAACCCUGUAAAUUGUUACUCCUGUCCUUGCCCUUUCUAUUGUCUUGCUUCUCCUUCAUUAUUCUCAAUGUCAUUCUGGGAUAUAUUAGCAGUAGUGUAGUAAGCAAGACACAAGAAGUAAUUCUUCCUCUCUACUCCACACUGA